AUGAAGUCUCCUCAGCUGAGGAAUAUUACGCGACCCAACCGCUCCGGCGACCCGGUUCUCGAUGGUUUUCUCCGAUCAAUAUACGAGCAAGAGACGGCAGGUGGCGCGGACUUCCUACGCGCACAGAGCGGCGUGUACGACAAAGUAUUCCGGUCAUUCUUUGCCCGUGAAUGCGAGUGUAACUGUCCACGUUCAUGCGAGGUUGCCGAGCCCGGACACACUCAUACGCUCCAAGAAAGAACCGAAUAUAUUCAGCGAUCUCUUCCUCCAUUGCCAUCUGUCUUCGCCGGACUUGGUGCCCAGACACAUGAUGGGCAUCGCGCCUCCUUCUCCCGCUGGGACAGUUUCCUCUCCGAUCGACCACAAGAGCCACUUUCCUUCCGCAAGACACAAGCUUCCCUUUCACCGAAAUCCGUGACUAUCACGCGCCAGUGGGACGUUGAUAGCAUCUGGUUUGGGGCCAAAAGCCUUUCAGCCAUCCGGUCUCCCAACCAGUUCCGCUUGUCGUUCUUCCCGCCACAUAAGAGCAACAUCUCCACCAACCAGGUCAUUCAACCCCACGUUCUAGAUCUGGCACAUACACGGCAUGCAUCGAUCGGGUCGUUCUCCACCGGUAAUGUCCGCUUCAGUGUCUUCGUGUUUUUCCCUAAUGGAAGUCACUCAUCUGCACCGGCUUCUACGAAUAGUCUUUCGCUAGACCGGUUCAGAGAUUUGUAUGACGAUAUCAUCAUACCGGCGGCCCACGAGUCAUUACCAGACCAUAUCCAGCAGGAGAUUCCCAGCUCAUAUGACCUUGUUUACGCAAAGUCGCGCGCCUACCAGGAGAGGCCGGGAGCUGGUCGCUGGGCUGCCGAUGAUGAGAGCCGGACCUUCCGCCUGGCUUAUAGUGUCCCCGCCGAAUGUCUGUCGCGGUUCUGGUCGUCAAUCGUGCAGAAGGCGAACCUACACAGGAUACAAACGAGGCGGGGAAAGACAAUCGCUUAUUAUCAGAACCCCCGCCUACUUUUCCAAGCCCACGACCUGAAGAACGUAUUUGCACAACCGAACCUUCAAGAGAUCCUGAUUUUGUUCCGAGAUGCUAUCCUGGCUGGCCUUGACCCGGAACAACUUGAUUUGCACUCCUGCUGGCUCGAUGUGGGGAUGCGUGACCAUGUUAGCAGACAGCAUCAUCAUGAUGGCCAGGCACCAUCGCAAAAUGACCCGUACAACGGCUAG